CCGGACUACGCCCCUGCUCACAGCAUAAGCACACGGGCAGAACCGCACGUUUCCAUGUGAUGUUUUCUGUUUUCGGCAUUCAGUUUUGUUUGCAUUUUCCGCGAAGCUGGAGUUUUUCCUGCUGCAAAUAUAUAGUAUAUUUGGUAAACUUUCCGGUAGAAAUGUUAAAUUGUUGAAUAAUUACGGCUAAACGGUUUUCGAGUUAUUUUGAAACAGAUUCAGUUACCCGGAAUGAGUGGCGCACAGCGGAAUCUGGAUCGCAAGAUCGUCGUCAUCGGAGCGGGAGCCUCGGGCGUGGCCUGUGCCACCAAGCUCCUGGAGCUGGGCUUCCAGAAUGUGCUCGUGGUGGAGGCGGAGGAUCGUCUGGGUGGUCGCAUCCACACCAUUCCCUUUGCCGAUAAUGUCAUUGAUCUCGGAGCGCAAUGGUGUCACGGCGAAAGGGAUAACCUGGUCUAUGAGAUCACUCGUAAGGCUGAUGAGGAGCUGCUGGAGUCCACGGGUCCGGUGUAUGAGAACUACCAGUGCGUGAGGUCCAAUGGAGAAGUGGUGGCCGAACAGGUGGCCAGUCGCCUCAAGGCCAUUGUGGGUGAUUCAUUGGUUACCCGGCAGUUGGAGUUGCGCCACUGCAGCGGUUCCUUGGGCAGCUACCUGACCAACAAGUUCUACGAUACUCUCCGGCGUCCCGAAAACUCCGACAUAGACGCCGAGGUGGCCAGGGAGUUCUUUGUUAACUACCAGAAGUUCGAGAACUCCGUUGAGGCUUCGGAUACCCUGGAACAGGUUUCGGGCAGGGGCUAUCUGGACUACUGGGAGUGCGAGGGCGACAUCCUGCUCAACUGGAAGGACAAAGGCUAUGUGGAGCUGCUGAGGCUCCUCAUGCGUUCACGGGAAUUGAAUGUGGAGCAUGGAGUUCUGGAGCAGCGACUACUUCUCGCCACUCGUGUCUUGAAGAUCAACUGGAACCGCAACGAUGGACGUGUGGAGCUGCAGCUGAGCAAUGGUGACAACUGCAUUGCCGAUCAUGUUGUCAUAACCGUUUCCCUGGGCGUUCUCAAGGAUCAGCACUUCAGGCUGUUCGAGCCGCAGCUUCCCGUGGAGAAACAACGCGCCAUUGAUGGCCUGGCCUUUGGCACGGUCAACAAGAUCUUUGUGGAGUUCCCCGAGGCUUUUUGGCCCGAGGAUUGGACGGGCUUCACCCUGCUUUGGCGGGAAGAGGACCUAGAUGAUAUUCGUGGAACCUCAAGAUCCUGGCUGGAGGAAGUCUUCGGCUUCUACAGGGUAAGCUAUCAGCCCAGGGUUCUGGCCGGCUGGAUCACCAAUGAAAGUGGCCGGCAUAUGGAAACCCUGCCCGCGGAUGAGGUCCAAUCGGGUGUGAUGUACCUCUUCCGAAGGUUCCUCAAGUGGAAAAUCCCAGAGCCUUCCAGUUUCCGCACUUCCGCUUGGCACACAAAUGAAAACUUCCGUGGUUCCUAUUCCUAUCGAUCCAUGGACACGGAGCAACUGGGCACCGGAGCUCGAGAGUUGGCCCAUCCCCUCACAGUGGUGGCCACCACGCCGGAGAAGGAGAAGGCUGCGGAGGAGGAGGAGGCGUGGCAGCAGAGUCGCUGCGAUAGACCGAUUGUCCAGUUUGCCGGCGAGGCCUCCAGUGAGCAUUUCUACUCCACAGUUCACGGAGCAGUCGAGGCGGGAUGGCGGGAGGCCAGAAGACUGGCCCAAUUCUACGGAUUAAGUGUCUCCCGAUCCGGCACCAAAUCGCAACUAUAGCUGUAAGGGGAUUUGGCUGGAUAUCGUACCUGAUCCACUUAUCUAGGUAGAUGUGAAAUAAGUCUUUGUCUUCACACUCAAGAAUAUGUUACUUCACCUGAAUCAAAAAUCCUAUGAAAUGAAAAUGUUCAUGUCGUGAAAUUUUUAGAGCCAUAUUAGGUACGAAUCUUUCUAAAAAACCAAUGAUGUGACUGAAAUUAUUAGAACAUUUCAAUGACCAAAGCAAAUAAAAUAUUUUCAUUUCAUACACUCAGAAAAGAAAAAAUAAAACUUCAGUCUACUAUAUAAAUUAAGAAAAAUAUGAUCGAAAAAUUACUUUAGUUAAACUUUAAGGUUAUUUUUCCUUAAUAUUUAAAGGGGCUCAUUUUUAAGGCCAUAUUAAGGAAUUAUCCAAAAAUUCUCUGAGUGUAGGAAACUUGAUCUAGAUGAGUACUAAAUCGAAUACAAAAAAAAAAAACAAUCAAGGAAACUGAACAAUAUAUCCUGGAUAGACUUCAUAUGGCUAAGCUAAAUUUACAUAUUUGCCAUAGGUUAACAUAAGUGACAGAAUAUAUAUAAAUAAAUAUAUGUAUGUACGUGAGAGCAUGUCAAUAUGUCGACAAAAAAUGUGCUGCCCAAAUAAUGCUGUGUUUAAGUCUUCUCAAUCCCAAAUAAAUGUAAUAUAGCCUA